AAAUUUUAAUUUGGACUUUUAUCGUACAUCAAGUUUCUGUCGAUAUCAAUAUUGUAUCAAUCUUUUGGUUUUAUAGUUCGAACUUUAUGCCCCAUUCAGUACAUAUCGUGCAACUUGUAGCGCAGUAUACAAAAGACAUGCAAUCCCAGGAGUUGUUCGCGUUUGUGCACUAUCAACGAUUUUUGGGUCUCAAUGAUAUCGAUUAUUCGAGCUGCUUGCAGCGUUAUGUGCUGCAUGCCACAUGCUGCUCACGCUUUGCCCAGCUAUUGGUAUUGUGCAUCAUAAUUUGUGCAUUGUUAGAAGGAUUGCUGGGCAACCGUGUGGAUUACGUGGGCAUGGAGUCGACUGUGGGCAGUGCCGUCUAUCAAGUUCUUCUUCUUAUGUCCCCGGUGACGGAGUUGCUGUUGCACAUUUGGCUACACAGCCAGCAGCACUUGCAACAGAAUCUACUGAAUCGCCUCAUGGACUUGGCUCUUCGUUUGCAGGUGGACACUCAAGCAUUCAGUUCGCUUCGCUGGCUUUAUGGCCUUUGGCUUGGCAUUAGUUCGAUAUUGCAAGUAAUUUGAGCAUUCACGAUGAACUUCUCUUGCUCUGCCACGAAGAGAUGCUGAAUGUCUUUGGUGUGGCGUUGAUUUUUCCAUUUCUCUACUUUGUGCUGGAUGCCACCUGCGUAUGCUACAUAGGCACAUUCGUGGAUCGCUUCUCACAUAAAGAAGUGCUGUUAGUGCUUAGUUGGCUAGUGCCUAUAUUCUUCUACAUGG